GUCAAAGCGAACAAUUAAUUGUUCGAUGACGCUUAAUUCAGUGUCCGAUGUGCGCGCGCACACCCGGGUGUCAGUUCGUGAAUCCAAAAUUGUUAAUUACGCGGUUUUCACGAACUGACACCCACUUACUUGCGUGCGAGUGUCAGUGGUGAUAUUCGGCAAAACGAUGUCAAGUUUGAUGAAUUACAAGGCAAGAUUGAUGAGCUAGUAUGAGGUGACACAAAGUCCUGUGGAAAAACAAACCUGCAGGAUCGAGGAUGGAAUAGCAGACCGUGUCAGACAAGCAGACGCAAGAGCGAGAGAGCAGAGAGAGCAGGUUACGAGACAAGGUACCGGCCAAGCUAUGAUAGCUGAAUCCCCAUCAGAGAUGGCUGGAUCAGGACGGAAGACACCGAGAACUGAACAGGAGACAGAGGAGAGAGAAUGCACCUCACUCAAGGAACAUAUCGCUAAGUUUGGAGAUGGUACAACCUUCCAUGGGGUUCGUUUCGUCACGGACUAUAAAGUUCAUUUUCUUAGGAGGUUAGUAUGGGUCUGUAUUGUCGGUGGUAUGACAGGAUAUCUCUUGUAUGGAAUCUCCAUCAGUAUCAUGACCUAUUACCAGCGACCAGUGUCGAGUGUGGUCAGAAUCAACUACGUUCGUGAGAUUCCAUUUCCUGCUGUGACAUUCUGCAACUACAACCAAUGGAAGAAAUCUCAAGUCCCACCCGACUUCUUAGAUGCUGUACGCUCCUUGAAUCCAGCCAACAAAUCACCGGUGGAUGUGGAGUACUUAAAGUCACACGAUGGUAUAAAUAUGACAGAUCGACUCAUUAAUAGUACACAUCAGAUUGAAGACAUGCUGCUGGAGUGCACCUUUAAGGCAGCCAAUUGCUCCGCUGAUAACUUCACUCGAAUCUUCACUGAUUUCGGCUUGUGUUACUCGUUCAACGACGAUCCUGAAGACGUGUAUUACAUCCAUCAAUCCGGGAGCCAUAAUGCGCUGUUUAUGAAGAUCAACGUGGAACAACAGGAAUAUAUCUUUGGAGAGAAUAAUGCUGCAGGAAUUAAGUUGCUGGUUCACCCUCAAGGACAGCGCCCUCUUGUGAAAGAAUUGGGAAUCGCCGUCUCGCCGGGCUAUGAAACACUAGUUGGAGUUGAAAUAAAACAGGUUUUGAAUUUGAAGGAACCCUACGAAUCUAACUGCACUGAUGGUGAUCUGAGGUUUUCUAACAAUUACACAGUUCCGAUGUGUCAGUAUGAACACAGGAUUGAGAACAUCCAGGAAAAAUGCGGCUGUAGAGACAUGAGACACCCAGGUACGGAAGAAAACUCUUGUCCCUUGUCAAAAUAUUACACCUGUUUACUGCCAGCUGAGGCCAACUUCGCCGCCAAAGACAAGUCUUAUGACUGCCAAGUUCCAUGUAAUCUCACCAUCUAUGACACUCGUGUAUCCUUCGCCUAUUAUCCCGGUCAACAUCACUUAGACGAACUUACACGGAUGACCAACCGCACUGAGAGUGACAUCAGGAAAAACGUGUUGGAUGUUAGAAUCUACUUCGAAGAACUCAGCUUCCAGAAGAUACAAGAAAUCCCUUCCUACGAAUUCACAAAUUUACAAAGUAGCAUUGGCGGUUAUAUGGGACUCCUCAUAGGCGCCAGUUUAAUCACAAUGUUCGAGUUUUUGGACUUUAUCUUGGUUACCACGGCAACCUAUCUAAUGAAGAAUCGAGAGGUCAAACGACUGAAGAGAAACCGAGUAAGGGGAGUAGAGGAUGUACACUAG